CAGUUUGACCUUAUAUGUUCCCAUCAUGCCUAAAAACUUCCUCUUUUAGCCUUCAGUGCUCCACCAUGGCUGUUGGAAAAAAUAAACGGUUAACGAAAGGUGGUAAAAAGGGUACUAAAAAAAAGAUUGUUGACCCUUUCAUCAAGAAGGAAUGGUAUGAUGUGAAGGCACCAUCUAUGUUCAACAUUCGCAACAUUGGCAAGACCCUAGUUACAAGAACUCAAGGAACAAAAAUUGCCUCUGAUGGUCUGAAAGGUCGCGUGUUUGAGAUCUCUCUCGCUGACCUGCAAAACGAUGAAGUUGCAUUUCGCAAGUUCAAGUUGGUAGUAGAAGAGGUCCAAGGCAAGAGUUGUCUCACCAACUUCCACGGCAUGAGCCUCACUAGAGAUAAGUGCUGCUCAAUGGUGAAGAAAUGGCAGACUUUGAUUGAAGCCAAUGUUGAUGUAAAAACAUCUGAUGGGUAUACUUUGCGCGUAUUUGCAAUUGGUUUCACCAAGAGGCGAGACAACCAAAUCAAGAAGACUUCCUACGCUCAGAGCACACAGGUGCGUGCCAUCAGGAAGAAGAUGGUCGAGAUCAUGCAGCGGGAAUGCCAAAGCAACGACCUCAAAGAAGUUGUCAACAAAUUGAUUCCAGACAGUAUUGGCCGUGAUAUCGAGAAGGCAUGCCAGGGAAUCUACCCACUUCAUGAUGUCUAUGUAAGAAAAGUAAAAGUACUAAGGAAGCCCAAAUUUGAUGUUGGACGCCUUAUGGAAAUGCAUGGUGAAGGAAGCAGUUCAAAGACUGUAGCCGCAUCCUCAGAUGAGACCGGCACCAGAGUUGAGAGGCCAGAUGGAUAUGAACCACCAGUCCUAGAAUCCGUUUAAAAUAACAUCACUGGACCCGUUGUGUAAGCAAGGGUUUAGCACUGUAACAAAUUUAUUACAGCCAUGUGAAAUCAAUCCACAAUGGUUUGUAUAUUAUGUGAAGAGAAAUAAAUAAAACAAUUCACUGAAA